AUGAAGCGCAAAACAGAAGAGACACAUCAGUCCAAUGGCCACCACGAGGCCAAAAAACGAGUCGUAUCCGGCGACGCAGUGAUUUCGCGCUUUCGCGAUGGUCUGUUUGACCCGGCAGAACUUGAGAAGUAUACCAAGAGCUAUGCUGCUUCAGGACCAUACAAACACGGCGUGAUAUCACCCUUAAUCGCUCCGGACCUUCUUCGCUCUGUGCGCAACGAGAUCGAACAGAACCUCUCCUUCACCGAGAAGGAAACCGACAUUUAUAAAAUUUUUCAGUCGGGCGACUUGGCGAAUUUAGAUGGAUUGGAUGAUGCAUCACUGUCACGAUUACCGUCAUUGCUGCAAUUGCGCGAUGCUCUGUACUCUGCAAAAUUCCGCGCAUACCUAUCUUCGUUGACGGGAUCCGGCGAACUGAGCGGGAAGAAAACUGAUAUGGCUAUCAAUGUUUAUACUGAAGGCUGUCAUUUGCUUUGCCAUGACGAUGUUAUCGGCAGUCGUCGCGUGAGCUAUAUCCUUUACUUGACGGACCCCGACACGCCGUGGCAGGCUGAAUGGGGUGGUGCAUUGCGUCUGUACCCUACGACGACGGUCAAGGAUGAUAAUGGUCAAGAUAUAAAGAUUCCCAGUCCGGAUUUUACGUUAUCGAUUCCACCGGCUUUCAAUCAACUUAGUUUCUUCACUGUUCAGCCUGGCGAGAGUUUUCAUGAUGUCGAAGAAGUUUAUCAUCCAUCGGAACAAGAUAAAGGGAAACAGAAACGAGUGCGUAUGGCGAUCAGUGGGUGGUUUCAUAUCCCCCAAGAAGGUGAGGAAGGUUAUGAGCCAGGAUUAGAAGAGAGACUGGCUGAACGGAGCAGUCUAUCUCAAUUACAGGGUAGAAAUGGUGAUGCAUAUGAUCGACCGCAGCCGCAACCUAUUAAUUGGGAUGCGGAACCAGCACAACCAGACAGUGGCAAGGGUAAAGGGAAAGGCAAACAAGCUGUACAGACUGAAGAUGCCGAAGAGCUUACAGAAGCGGAUCUCGACUUUUUGUUGCAGUUCCUUGCCCCGUCGUACUUAACGCCAGAUAUUGCCGAGGAACUUUCGGAAGCAUUUUCGAAUGAUUCUUCACUAAGCCUCGAGAAGGUUCUCUCUGAGAAGUUCGCUGCACGAGUACGAGAAUAUAUUGAGAGGCAGGAGAAGAAGGAACUGCCAAGCUCUUCUGAUGAGAUCGAAUCGAGCACAAACUGGAAAGUGGCUCGUCCGCCUCAUAAACAUCGUUAUCUUUUCCAGCAACCACAAAACAUUACCAGCAGCGAUUCCGAGGCCAAUCCAAUCGAGGAACUACUGACCAAAUACCUGCCAUCACAAGCCUUUAGAAAAUGGCUUACUUUGAUUACUGGCGCAGACCGCCUAACGGAUCAUAACCUGUUGGUUCGCAGAUUCCGUCGUGGUCAAGAUUAUACUCUAGCCAAUAGCUACGAGGGUGAGGAGCCGCGAUUGGAGUUUACGAUCGGUCUUACUGCAACCCCAGGAUGGGAGAAGGCAGAUGUCAAUAAUGAAGAGGACGAGGACCUGGAAGAGAAAGAAGUCACAAAGAAUGGGAAGGACGGCAGUACCGAAGCAGACGAAUCGGAUGGGAAGGAGAAAGAAGAACCUUCUGUGGGCGGCUACGAGAUAUACAUGUCCGGUGAUGACGACGAGGACGCAGGAGAUGCGGCCAUUUAUAAAGCGGCUCAUGGCGAUGAUGAUGGAAUCUUGUUCAGUAUGGCCGCGGGCUGGAACCGUAUGAGUAUUGUUCUGAGGGAUAGUGGCACGCUCAAGUUUGUCAAGUAUGUCAGUGCUGCUGCACGGGGAGAUCGAUGGGAUAUAACGGGUGAAGUUGGUGUUGUUUUUGCCGAUGACCAGGAGGAAGAGGAGGGUGAAUAAUCGAUCUUGAAUUUCGGAUUUUGAAACUCGUAUAAAAAUUUCCACAAACAAGAAAAGCUGGUUUUUUACGAUCUAUACUAUCUGAUAGAUAACAUUUACGAUUUACAUGGUCCCAAACGAAAUUUAUACAUCUCC